AUGCCUCUCAUACUCGACACUCCCUCGGAGUCCUCGGUCGAGUCGGACUCAGACUUCCAGGAAGAGAGGCGAAAGGUACACCACGAUGCGGACGUUGUCAUCGUGGGCGCGGGCAUCGUGGGGUCUUCGUUGGCGGUGGCGUUGGCAAAUCAAGGGCGCAGUGUGAUCCUCCUCGAAAAAUCAUUGAAAGAGCCGGACCGUAUCGUCGGGGAACUUCUACAACCAGGCGGCGUCCAGGCGUUGACAAAACUGGGCCUCCGCCACACGCUCGACGACAUCGACGCGAUUCCGGUCAAGGGAUACACCGUGGUUUAUUACGACGAGCAGGUGGCCAUUCCCUAUCCUGCAUCGACGAGGGCAGCACAACAAUCACCCUCGGAAAAGGCAGGAAAUAUUCAAAAAGCAGAAGGACGGUCAUUCCACCACGGCCGAUUUGUUUCCCGCUUGCGCGCGGCGGCAAUGUCACAUCCCAACAUCACCGUCUUCGAGACCGAAGCCAUCUCCCUCAUUGCGUCGUCUCACACGGCCGAAAUCCUCGGCGCCGAAUCCAUCACCCAAAAAACACAAAGGGAUUACUUUUUUGCGUCAUUGACCGUCAUCUGCGACGGAUACGCCUCCAAAUUCCGGAAGUCGUACAUUCCUCACACGCCCAGGGUCAAGUCCAAAUUCUGGGGGCUGGAACUCAUCGACUGUCCCCUGCCGGUUCCACAACAUGGCACCGUAGUUUUGGGAGACAAUGCCCCCGUCCUGCUGUAUCAGAUCGGCACCCACGAGACUCGUGCUCUGGUGGAUAUUCCCGAGGGAUUGGCAUCUACGUCGACGGCAAACGGGGGCGUCAAAGGCCAUCUCCAGAAGGUCGUGCUCCCAUCUCUGCCGGCCAUGGUGCAACCGUCAUUUCAAGCGGCUCUGGAGCAAGGCAAUCUUCGAAGCAUGCCCAAUUCCUUCCUCCCUCCCACGACCAAUACGACCCCCGGUCUCGCCAUCCUCGGAGAUGCCAUGAACAUGCGCCAUCCCUUGACUGGGGGCGGCAUGACGGUCGCUUUGACUGACGUUGUGUUGCUGUCCGAGCUCCUUGCUCCCGCAAAGGUCCCCGAUCUCGCCGACACUCGGCUUGUGGUCAGGCAGUUUCGCACAUUUCACUGGCGGCGGAAGGACUUGAGUUCGGUGAUCAAUAUCCUGGCUCAAGCGCUGUACUCGCUGUUUGCCGCCGACGACUGGCAACUCAAGUACCUCCAGCGGGGCUGUUUCCGGUAUUUUCAACUGGGCGGCAAAUGCAUUGACGAACCGAUGGGAUUGCUGGGCGGAAUCAUCCCGCAACCGUUUGUGCUGUUUUAUCACUUCUUUAGCGUGGCGUUGCUGAGUAUCUGGGUGCUCAUCCAGGAGCAAGGGUGGCUUUUGUUUCCCGUCAGUAUGUUUCAAGGGGCGUUGGUGUUUUUGAAGGCGUGCGUGGUGAUUUUCCCGUACAUAUUUGCCGAAUUGAGGAGUUGA